AUACAGUGAAGUAAGUUAUCGCGCAUGCGCUACACAGCAGACGACGCGAUAAACAUCCCGAUUCCAGGAACGCAGAAUAUGAGUUGAAAAAAACAUGUAGGAUCUAUAAAAGUCGACUCCGGUUUGGAUUUGUCAAAACUUUUCCCAUCACCUCGUCGUGAUCAACAUCAGGAUCAAUUACGAUGAAGUAUUCACACCUAGAAGCGUUCAUCGUCGCUGUGUGCUUAACGUCACUGUCUGCUGUACUGGUUGAAGCUGAAAGGGGGUUAGUUAUCACAUUUCCCGAGACAGUCUAUCUGAACUCAACCGAGAAAGUAUGCUUCACAGCAGCAAAUGUCAGCGGAAACAUGCAAGUCCGAGCAAGGCUAGUGCUCCCGGGUUAUGCACAUCCUUUCAGCACCUGGAUGGGUACGGAGAGGGAUGGAUGUGUGGACAUUUCCACAAAUACUCGUUACUAUAGAUCCCGAGCUGUUCCAAGAACAGGAGAACUCCUUGUGGAGUGGUCUGUGGAACGAACGCCAGGUUCUCUGUUCGUGGAGAAGACCUACAGGAAAUCUGUUACUGUGGCCCCUGUGAAGAACCAGACGUUCAUUCAGUCAGACAAGCCUAUCUAUCAGCCAGGACAGAAAGUUCUGUUCAGAGUGCUGACUGUGCUAUACCCGAAAUUGCUGCCCGAUACGGAAAAUAAAAAAGAUGUAUGGAUCACCUCUCCUGGUGGAACUAGAAUGCAACAGUGGAGAGAUCAGGUCAGUAGCGAUGGCCUCUUGGAUAUGGCCUUUGAACUCCUGGAAGAAUCCGAGCUCGGGAACUGGACGAUACAUGUGCAGGUGCAUGGUGGGAGGACGACCAUCCAAGAGUUCAAAGUUCAGGAGUAUGGUAAGAGAUACAUUUGUACAGAUCAUCAUUUGUGUGUACACAGAAAGAAACCUGUUGUCUUGACCUCUAGGUCAGCUCUCGAUUUGGGUUUGACCAUAGUCAGGGCUAUUACGCACAUUGAUUGGUUCGGCUCAAUAUCUUUUGACUGA